AUGACAAUUCAAGGAGGGUAUCAAUAUCUCUUCCUUCUAGUUCUCGUUCUCUCCUCAGUGUGUAUUAAUGAAGCUCGCACUAUACCUUUUUCUAUUAUUAACGAUAAAGAUAUCGGUUCUUUCAAAAUUCUUGAUGAGAAUAGUUUGAACUGUCGUACUUUUCCUAAUAAUUUUGUCUGGGGUACUGCUACAUCAGCUUUUCAGAUUGAAGGUGUGACCCAUAGAGCAUUUAACAUAUGGGAUAGUUUUACUCACACAUAUCCAGAAAAGUCAGAUGAUGGAAGUACUGCAGAUCUUGCUUGUGAUUCAUACCAUCUUUAUAAGGUGGAUGUUGAGAUGAUGAAAAACAUGAAUGUCACUGGCUAUAGAUUUUCAAUUGCUUGGUCUCGAGUAUUGCCAAAGGGAAGGAUAAGUGGAGGAAUAAAUAGAGAUGGAAUCCAGUACUACAACAACCUUAUCGACGAACUCUUAGCUAAGGAAAUAGAACCUUUCGUGACUAUUUUUCACUGGGAUCUCCCUCAAACUUUACAAGACAUGUACGGAGGGUUUCUGGAUCGUAACAUUGUGUCUGAUUAUCGGGAUUUCGCAAAUUUUUGCUUUAAGGAGUUUGGUGAUAAAGUGAAGCAUUGGAUAACAUUUAAUCAACCGUAUAGCGUUGCAUAUAAUGCUUACGGAAUAGGUGAACAAGCACCUGGUCGAUGUUCUGCUUGGAUGGACAAUAAUUGCACAGGAGGACAUUCGGGAGUCGAACCAUACGUUGUAGCUUAUCAUGAACUUCUUGCUCAUGCAGAAGCUGUUCAAUUGUAUAAAAGAGAAUAUAAAGAACUCAGAAGUGAGGGAAGCAAUAUUUCGGGAUAUUUUGCAUGGUCGUUGAUAGACAACUACGAAUUUGGUCAUGGAUUCACAGUACGAUUUGGCUUAAAUUAUGUGAAUUACAGUAAUCCAUCAGAUAGACUGCCUAAAGCAUCAGCUUUGUGGUUUACUGACUUCAUCAAUAAUGCUACUAAUAUUUAG